ACGACGCACGCAAUCGUAGUUUGCACUCGUUUCGUCCUUUCAGCUACCAUGGCGGACCAAGUAGAGCGUGCUUUCUUGAGACAACCAGCGAUUCCAUUGUUUCGCAAGAGCUUGACCAAGCAAAAGACUAAGGCUGUUGAGAGAUACACUCGCGAUGUAGGACUUGGCUUCAAAACUCCGCGUGAGGCAUCCGAGGGAACUUACAUUGACAAAAAAUGCCCAUUCACUGGCAAUGUAUCAAUCCGUGGACGCAUCUUGACUGGCGUCGUCCAGAAGAUGAAAAUGCAGCGUACUAUUGUCGUAAGACGUGAUUACUUGCACUACGUUCGUAAAUACUCACGUUUCGAAAAACGCCACAGAAACAUGAGUGUCCAUCUUUCACCAUGCUUCCGUGAUGUGGAAAUUGGAGACACUGUUACGAUUGGUGAAUGCCGGCCUUUGAGUAAAACUGUGCGCUUCGUCGUGUUGAAGGUGUCCAAGAGUACCAGCUCCAAAAAGAGCUUCAAGAAGUUCUAA